AUGUCCGACAUUGCCCAGUUCGUCGCCGCCGCCCAGAAGGCCGACCCCGCCCUCGUCGGUGCCGACAAGGAGCAGGCUGCCAUCUCCAAGGUCGCUGCUGAGACCGAGGCUCUCGCCAAGGACCUCAAGGCCCUCAACGCCAAGCUCACCCCCGUGACCUACCUCGUCGGCAACACUGCUACCACCGCCGACGUCUCGCUCUACUGCAACCUCCACUCGGCCAUCGCCUCAGCCCCCGCUGCCCAGCACCCCGAGAACCCCGCUGUCCUCCGCUACUUCCUCCACGUCCAGGACCUUGCCUCCGUCCAGGCUGCCCAGAAGGAGCUCCCCAACGCCUUCCCCGCCGUUGACGUUGACGUCUCGUCGCUCCCUGCCCCUGUCCGUGUCGCCCCCACCCCCAAGGUGAAGAAGGAGAAGAAGGACAAGGCCGCUGCCACCGAGGGGGCCGCCCCCGCUGAGGGCAAGAAGGAGAAGAAGGACAAGGCCGCCAAGGCCGAGGGCGCUGCCCCCGCUGCUGGUACCGAGACCCCCAAGGACGGCAAGAAGAAGGAGAAGAAGGAGAAGGCCCCCAAGGCCCCCACCGCCCCUGCCACCCCCGCCGUGCCCCUCCCCUCGAUGAUUGACCUCCGUGUCGGCAAGGUCCUUGACGUCAAGCGCCACCCGGACGCCGACUCGCUUUACGUCGAGUCGAUUGACGUCGGAGAGGCCGAGCCCCGCACUGUCUGCUCGGGUCUUGUCAAGUACAUGACCGAGGACGAGAUCCGUGGCGCCACCAUCAUUGUCGUGUGCAACCUCAAGCCCGUGACCAUGCGCGGUGUCAAGUCGUUUGCCAUGCUCCUGUGUGCUUCGAGCAAGGAGGGCAAGGACGGUGGUGUCGAGUUUGUUCUCCCCCCCGCGGGCGCCCAGGCCGGUGACCGCGUCUACUUUGAGGGCGAGCAGUACGAGAACGCUACCCCCGAGGCGACCCUCAACCCCAAGAAGAAGGUGUUUGAGACCAUCCAGCCCAACUUCUCCACCCUCGACAACCUUGAGGCUGUCUGGACCGACCCCGAGACCAAGACCGUCCACCGUAUCCGUACCAAGGACGGUGUCUGCAAGGCCAAGUCGUUCGCUGGCGCUAGCCUGUCGUAA